AUGAGCUUGGACGGCAGGAACAAACCGAGCAACAAGAGUCCACGAAAAGGAAGGACUUCGUCGGCCGGGGCCUCGGACGACGAGAUCAGCGUGAUAGCGGUGAUAAAGAAGGGCAGUAAUUCUGCAGGUAUUCCGAAACGAGCGAGGUAUCACUACAUCCGUGAGCUGCCAUUGGCCGUGGUAAAGUCGUUCAAAAAGUCGUUUCAAAAAGCCGAAGAGACUCGGACCCCCGUUUCCAAUACUGGAGAAUCACUCCGCGGGCCCAGAUCGGAUGGUCAAGUGAAAAAACCACGAGUGAUCGACCUCAGCGACCAGGCAUCAAAGAUGGAACUUCGUAGGCAAUUCAAUGUCACCGAGAAGGAUGAAGACGAAGAUCGAUUGAGCUCCGGUUCGGUCUCCACGGGACUGCCCUCGGUACCAGUUCACAAACUUCCUCCAGGAACUGUCCUUAUAAAACAAGAACCCAGAAUGGAGAGCGCCGACGGAAACGACGACACUUUCACUGUCAGGACCCCGGAAGCCGACGCAGCCCCGAACAACUCGAACGGAAGCUCAGUUGAGACAACGACGGCCACGACUACGACAACGACUGGUAGCAGCAGUAGCAGCAGCAGCACAAGCAGCGGCAGUAGCGUCAGUAGCUGUGGUAGCGCUAGCAGCAGUGGUGGCUUUGAGUCCCGACCCGCCACACCAUCCAGCAAAGUUAAACGCACACACAGAGCAGCCAGAGCGAGUGGAGGAAAAAAGUAG